UACUUGGGACAUGUCGAAGUGGAUGAAUCCAGAGGAAUGCAUAUCUGUGAAGAGGCUGUGAAGAGACUGAAAUCUGAAAGGAAGUUCUUCAAAGGCUUCUUUGGAAAAUCUGGGAAGAAAGCCGUUAAAGCAGUCCUGUGGGUUUCAGCGGAUGGACUCAGAGUUGUAGAUGAGAAAACAAAGGAUCUUAUAGUUGAUCAGACAAUAGAGAAGGUUUCUUUCUGCGCACCAGACAGGAACUUUGACCGGGCAUUCUCAUACAUCUGUCGAGAUGGCACAACGAGACGCUGGAUAUGCCACUGCUUUAUGGCCGUAAAGGACACGGGGGAAAGGUUGAGUCAUGCCGUGGGCUGUGCAUUUGCAGCAUGCCUGGAGCGAAAGCAGAAGCGAGAGAAGGAGUGUGGAGUGACUGCCACCUUUGAUGCCAGCAGAACCACAUUCACUAGAGAGGGGUCAUUCAGGGUCACUACAGCUACUGAACAAGCAGAGAGAGAGGAAAUUAUGAGACAGAUGCCGGAUGCUAAAGCAGUUGAAACAGAAGUGAAAACAGCAGCACCAGGUGCUGCACCAAACAAUACUGCCCCUUCUUCUGGCUCACCAACCUCUCCUACUGCUGAAGUUGCUGCCUCUCUGGAUAAAGAAAUGAGCAAUCCCCACGCUAUUCCACGGAGGCAUGCCCCUAUAGAACAGCUUGCCAGGCAAGGGUCUUUCAGGGGCUUCCCUGCCCUUAGCCAAAAGAUGUCUCCUUUUAAACGCCAGUUGUCUUUGCGAAUAAAUGAGCUGCCUUCAACAGUGCAAAGGAAGACCGAUUUCCCCGUGAAAAACUCAGUCCCUGAGGUAGAAGGGGAAACAGACAGCAUUAGUGCCCUGUGUUCUCAGAUCACCAGUGCUUUCAGCACACCAUCAGAAGAUCCUUUCUCGUCGGCCCCUAUGACAAAACCAGUGACAGUAGUCGCACCACAGUCUCCUGCCUUUCAAGUUAAUGGCACUACCUCUGCCUUCUGUGUGCUUGCUGCUAAACCAUCCCAAGCUGCUGUAGUAUCCACAGCUAUGCCAGUUCGUGAAACCAAUCCUUGGGCUCAUGCUCCUGCUGCUAAUACUGGAGCUGCAGCCAUGGUCACUGGCACUGAAUGGAGCAGCACCUCCUCAGGUGCAGCCUCACCAAGUCUCUUCCAAGGAAAUCACAGACGUACUCCCUCAGAGGCAGACCGCUGGUUGGAAGAGGUCUCAAAGACUGUCAGAGCCCAACAGCAGCCAACCCCAGCCCCAGCCCCAGCCCCACAGCCACUACUACAGCCUCCUCCAGCAGCUUCCCAGUCAGCACCAGCCUUCCCAGUCAGCACCUUCAUUGCACCUCAGCCUGUGCCGGUGGGAGUGGUACCGCCCAUGCAGCCAGCAUUUAUUCCAGCUCAGCCCUAUGCUGUAGCAAAUGGAAUGACCUAUGCAGCCCCAAGCGUACCUGUGGUUGGAAUCACACCUUCCCAGAUGGUAGCCAACGUCUUUGGCACUGCAAGCCACACUCCAGCAGCCCAUCCACAUCAGUCACCCAGUCUUGUCAAACAGCAGACGUUCCCUCAGUAUGAAAGCAACAGUGCUACAACCAGCCCUUUCUUCAAUCCACCCGCGCAGCACAACGGCUCUGCAGCUUUCAACGGAGUUGACGGUGGCAAAUGGGCUGCAGAGGACAAGCAUUCGCAGCCUCCCGCAGCUGCUCCGCAGGUAGACCCAUUUGAAGCACAGUGGGCAGCACUAGAGAGCAAGGCAAAGCAGCGCACUAAUCCCUCUCCAACUAACCCCUUCUCAAGUGAUUUACAGAAGACUUUUGAGAUUGAACUUUAAGCAGUCUAUGGGGGGGGUGGAUAAAUUGUACAUUAGAAUAGACGGAUAAAGGGAGCAGAGGGGACUGUUUCUGAUCAGUUUGCUUUGAUAAUCCCAAAGGUCCCUUUAGACGAAAAUGAGUUAGAAAGAGGGAGCAAUUAUGGGGAGGAUAUAAACAUACAGAGAGUUUAAUGUGCAGUUCUUAAAAGAAGUCCUGGAGCUACCCCAGUCUGCGUUCCCUCCUCACUUGGAAAGCUGGAAGUCAAACAGAGCAAAGAAAGGCACCCAGUCCCAAAGCCUGUUCUGCAGAAACAUCAAUUAUCUCACAGAAAGGAAGGCAGAUUUUGUACUUGUGUCCU